CACAGGCUCAGGGCGGCAUGUCCCUGGAGCUCUACAUGGAUCUGCUGUCCGCGCCGUGUCGCGCCGUCUAUAUCUUCGCCAGGAAGAACAGCAUCCCCUUCAACUUCCAGUUCGUGGAUCUGCUGAAAGGUCACCACCACAGCAAGGAAUACAUCGAGAUCAACCCCCUGCGGAAGCUGCCCAGCCUCAAAGAUGGGAAAUUUAUCUUAUCCGAAAGUGUGGCCAUCCUCUUCUACCUGUGCCGCAAGUACAGCGCACCCUCACACUGGUACCCGCCAGACCUGCACACACGUGCACGUGUGGAUGAGUUCAUGGCCUGGCAGCACACGGCCAUUCAACUGCCCAUGAACAAGAUACUCUGGAUCAAGUUGCUGAUCCCGAUGAUCACGGGGGAGGAGGUUCCAGCAGAGAAGACGGAGCAGAUGCUGGAAGAGGUGAAGAAGAGCCUACAACUCUUUGAGGAGAAGUUUCUGCAGGACAGGAUGUUCAUCACUGGGGAUCAAAUAUCCCUGGCGGACCUGGUGGCCCUGGUGGAGAUGAUGCAGCCCAUAGCAAGCAACCAUAACGUCUUCCUCAACAGUGCCAAGCUGGCCGACUGGCGCACGCGCGUGGAGUUGAGCAUCGGCUCUGGCCUCUUCUGGGAGGCCCACGAGCGGCUGGUGAAGUUGGCAGAAUGGGACUGUUCCACGUUGGAUCCGAUGGUCAAGGAGAGGAUCUGUGAGUUUCUGCACAAGUACAAGUGACUGCAGAGGCAGCCCAUCCUGUAGGGCCUGGCUGGCCCAGCCCUCUGAGCCUUCUUCCUCAGGGAAGAUGCCAAAAAACAACUCUGUUUUUUGCCUAAUAAACAACCGGAACAACCAUCAUGGCUGCUGAGCCAGGGACAGUUGGUGUAAUUGUAGGGUCUGAUGCAGGAGCAGA